AUGACCAAGAGUGACCUAUUUUUAGAUAAUAGAGGGGUUUGUGCUGGAGGAUGCUACCAGCCUGAUGAGCCAGUUGAGAUUUUCAUUGGCAUCCUGUCAUCAGCCAAUCAUUUUGCUGAGCGUAUGGGUGUGAGGAAGACAUGGAUGUCUGCUGUCCUCAAGUCACCAAACAGUGUGGCUCGUUUUUUCGUUGCACUGCAUGGCAGAAAGGAAGUGAAUGUGGAGCUGAAGAAGGAAGCUGAAUUUUUUGGGGACAUUGUUUUUGUGCCCUACCUGGACAACUACGAUCUUGUUGUUAUGAAGACUCUUGCAAUAUGCGAGUAUGGGGACUUGGCAUAUGAUUCUUUGCAUUGUUGUUUAGCUAUUAACAUCUUUAGCUAUCUAGGCAGCAUGAUAGCAUUUUAUGUCGCAAGGACCAGCGCGGGCGGCGGCGGUGCCGGCGGAGGGUCCGGCGAGCGCCUGGUGCUGCGCGUGCGCCGCCACGACCGCCCCGCGUGCUGCGGCCUUACCUGCAGCAUGUGGAGUCCGUUGCCGAUGAGACGGAGCAGCACCGCCGCGAGCUGCGGCCGUUCACCAACGCCGACGUGGACGCGACCACGGGUGCGACGCGCUAGGCGUUGGCUUCCUCAAAGGCCGCGCCUACUACCACCGCCUCGGUCGCAUCUAGCGCGGGAGCUACCUCCUCCAUGGCUCGCCGGCCGUUGGCAAGUCCACGUUCGCGGCGGCCAUGGCGAGGUUCCUGGGCUACGACAUCAACCUGUCACGCGCCGACGAGGAACUCCGCGCGCUGCUCCUGCACACCACCCCACGCUCGCUAGUCCUCGUCGACGUGUCGUGCUACGGCGAGGAGCGCUUCAUGGGUGUACACCAUGCGCGGGGGCAAGGACGCCAUCGACGCCGCGGUGCUGCGCCUGGGCUAGCUUGACGUCCACGUCUAGUUCACACUCUGCGACUUCGAGGCGUUCAAGGCGUUUGCCAGCAACUACCUGGGGCUCAAAGCCUGUGCGCGAUCACCAGGGUGGUGCACCCGAUCAUGAAGCGGUCCAGCGCUUCCUGCCUGAGCUUCUCCGAGUCGGAGUCAAGCGUGCUGGUGACCUCGUCCAGCAGCAGGAUGACGGAGUUGUGGGCGUUGGAGGGCCUGGCGCUGCUGCGGCGGGUGUUGACGAGCGCCGCCUCGUGCGCUUGCUCCUUCAUGCAGAUGAGCUUGGCGUAGGUGCCGUUCUCAACGUUGGCCAUGAGCUCGUCGUGCUCAUGCGUGCCCAUCUCAGCUGA